AUGGACCUAAAACUAAAAAAUCCUGACUUUUGGUACAGUCUCCAUGGCCAAGUCCCAGGGCUGCUGGACUGGGACAUGGGAAAUGAGUUCUUCCUGCCAUGCACCACAGACCAAUGCCCCUUAGCUGAGCAGAAUCUCGCCAAAUACAGACUGCGAGUAAUGGAGUCCCCAAAGGUACCUCAAGAGAAAAGACCCAGUCCUGGCAAAGAUGGUCCUAACUCUGAACCCAACCUGUGGAUGUGGGUGAAUCCCAACAUUGUGUGCCCCUUUGGCAGCCAGGAAGCCUCAAAGCCCAGUAAAAGAAAGAAUGUGGCAAGCAUACUUCCUUCCCCUCAGCUCCUCCCAAAGGAUGAAGAGUCUAACUGCUCAGAGGCCAUAGUGAUGGAGUCCCUGCCAUCUUCCUCCGGCAAGCAAUCUCCCCCACAAAAGCGGCUCACCUCUUCCCCCAGUGACUGGGAGCUCACAGAAGAGGAGACGGGGGAACAAGAUAACAACUCUUCUGUGGCCCUCAAAUCUCCAAACAAAGAACGCUUCCAUAGCCAGAAGCUAUGGCAAGGUGACAGCCAAGAGAGGAAAUCUUGGCCCCGCCCCCCCCUCAAUUACAGUCACCUAAUUGCCCUGGCACUAAGAAACAGCCCUCCCUGUGGCCUCAAUGUGCAAGAGAUCUACAGUUUCACACAACAGCAUUUCCCUUUUUUCUGGACAGCUCCUGAUGGCUGGAAGAACACCAUCCGACACAACCUCUGCUUCCUGGGCAGCUUUGAGAAGGUGCCAGUCAGCCUUCCAGAUGGGGCCAAUGCAAAGCCAAGGUCUGGCCUCUGGAGGCUUACUGAGGAGGGACACCGCCGCUUUCAAGAGGAGACUCGUGCCUUAGCCUCCGCUCGUAGGGAGAGCAUCCAACAGUGCAUGAGCCAGCCAGAUGUGAUGACCUCCCUUUUUGGCCUUUGA